AUGAUCUAUCUAUGGGCCUCUUCUGGGUGCACUUUCGCCACCAUAAUCUGCGGCUUCGCUGUCAUUGACAAGUUUAUUAUCUUUGGCGCCUUUCGUACCCGCCUCUGGACAGGCCACGCUUCCUGGGAUGAAGUGUUGGAUCUCUACGGUCGCGGGCUCGGACUUUCCCCAGUGGAAGUACUAACGCCUGAAAGUCUAAACGUCAUGCUUUCGGCACUGGUUCUACACUUCGUCGACAGACGUGAGUAA